CCGCAACUGCCGCAGAUCACCAUCCUUUUAUGUACCUUUUCCCCUCUGGUGUCCAUUUUUCCGGUCUGCGUUUCUUCUGGCACCAGGGCCUCUCAUCUGUCUUUCUUUUUUUCUCCCUUCCCUUUCCUCCUCGAGUGUUCCACCUUACUGUCAAUCCCCUGGCACGAACAAGUGUUCUUUCUAUCCCCUGAGCGCUAGGGAGCGUUUGUUGUGUUUCACCCUCCGACUCUACUAUUGAACCCCCCCUCGUCACCAUGGGUCUCUUCAAGCGCAAAGACUCCAAGAACUCGAUUCAGAGCGAGAAGGAGGAUUUCGACUCGACCGUAACCGUUAACAGUGCUCGUACUUCAAAUGCAUCAUUGAGAUCGCCCGGUUACAAGGGGAGUGGGCUGCCUGCCUCCAUUCCAGAACUACCGAUUGCCAAACCACCUGAUCCGGCCCUCGAUCCAGCGGCCUACCUGCGGAGUAUCCAUGCUGUCCGCGAACGCUGCAGCCUUGUUUUGAACAAGGCCAAGAGGAACAGGCUCAACCACUUUGAUGUGGAUAUGGGCAAAUUCAUGGCUACUGCAUCCUAUAUUGUCUCCAUUAUCAAGAGAGAUUAUGGCCCGGACUACGACUCCAUUCCUCCUCAUGGCCGUUGGCAGCACUUCGACGUGGGUGGACGACCUCGUGUUAACCAAUUGCUUCAGUCUUGGCCCAGUACCAUCGAUGCGCAAGAACGUACUCGGCGAUUGAUCGACCUUUUCGUUGUUUCCGUCCUUCUCGAUGCUGGUGCAGGUACCAGAUGGUCAUACAAGUCGAAGGAGUCCGGCAAGAUCUUUUCGCGGAGCGAGGGUCUGGCCGUGGCAACCUUGGAAAUGUUCAAGAGCGGUUUGUUCAGCAGCGAUCCGACAGAGCCUUGUCAAGUGGAUGGGGCAGGCCUGAAGAAGAUUACGGUGGAAGUACUGGCAAAGGGAAUGCAGCACUCCGAGACCAACCCCUUGGCGGGAAUUGAAGGCCGAGCUGGUCUUCUGAUCCGACUUUCCGAGGCCUUGAACAACCAGGAUUUCUUUGGGGUAGACGCUAGGCCAGGCAACAUGCUCGAUUACCUCCUUUCUCACCCGUCAACCCUUGCUUCCUCGGUUCCAAUUGUACCCAUCACCACGCUAUGGAGUGUUCUUAUGGAUGGCUUGUCUCCCAUCUGGCCGCCAUCCCGAACACAGAUUGAUGGGCUUUCUAUUGGAGACGCUUGGCCGUGCUCCGAUCUCCCUAAGUCUCCCCCGGCAAAACCCUGGGAGAGCAUCGUCCCAUUCCACAAGCUUACGCAGUGGCUGUGCUACUCUAUCAUGGUUCCCAUGUCCAAACUUAUGAAGAUCCAUUUCGCCGGCAGUGAACUGCUCACGGGUCUACCUGAAUACCGGAACGGUGGUCUGCUGAUUGACAUGGGGCUGUUGACUUUGAAGGAGCAAGAUCUGGAGCGGGGUAUUGCCGCAUACAAGGAGAAUGCGCAGAUCAAGGGCCAACCCAACGUGGAAGUUGUGCCUCUCUUCUCCACGGAUGACGACGUUGUCGUUGAAUGGCGGGCUGUUACCGUUGGGUUCCUGGACGAGCUACUGGAUGAAGUGAACGGUCAGCUUGGACUGACGGGCGACGACCAAUUGACCCUCGCACAGAUGCUUGAGGCUGGAUCUUGGAAGGGUGGCCGCGAGAUUGCCGAAGUGUCGAGACCCAACACGAAAGAACCUCCGAUCAUGAUCCGUUCCGAUGGCACUGUUUUCUAAUGAUCGCAUAUCUGUUGAUGUUUUGGAUACCUGACACCGCCAGUCGACGCCCGUUCCACGGCUGGUGGUCGUGCUUACGACUUUGAUGACCGGAUGUUUAUGCGUCUUUACUACUUUCGUGCCCAUCGCCUGUGGCCCACCCUUUUUCUGUUCGUUUUGUACAAAGGUCUCUGCUGCGGCACCUGGCCGACUUUAUACCUAAUUUCUUUCUGUAGGAUCAUCGUGAUAAGAUGAUCGUCUACCUUUCCUGUACACAGUUCCUUGGGCCCUUUUUACCUUCUUGCCUAUAUUUGGAUGGAAAUGUGACCAUAAAAGUUUACAUGGCUGGGAUUAGUCUUUCCGCCAACAGUCUAAAGUCCUGACUAUUUUCCUUUUUGAAAAGGAAUUAUUAUGGGGAUAGUGUCUCUGCUAGUUUGAUAAUAUUUGGGUUCUAGUUAAUCCACUAUGGAUGAAGUGGAGCCUGAUGAUUGGCAAACCCCCCUUCCGUGCAGAAAGUCUAACAACAAUGGAGGCACAUGGGAGGAAUGUGGAUGAACGCCACCUCCGUCGACCAAUUUCCAAGGCAGGAGGAAGGAGAUGGAUAGUCUCGGUGAGAGAGAGAGAGAGAGACAGACAUACUUUUCCAUCAUGCAUCCCAUCCCCAUGUCAGCAGCCCUGGGGUGGACCGUGCUUUCUCCAC